AUCAGUAGCCUUAUAUCCCGAGUAUGGACCGUUGGGCUGGAAAGGUGGCUGUAGUAACCGGUGCCAGUUCAGGUAUCGGUGCUGCCAUUGUCAAAGAUUUGGCCAAAGCUGGCAUGGUGGUCGUUGGAUUGGCACGACGGCCCGAGCGUAUCAAUGCGCUAAAGGCGCAUUUGUCGGAAUCGGUGCGGGAUCGUCUCCACGCCUUCAAGUGUGAUGUUCGCAAAGAGGAGAGCAUACUAGAGGCGUUCGAAUGGGUUGCGGAAAACUUCGGAGGUGUGGACGUAUUGAUCAACAGUGCCGGCGUUGGUCACCACACCGAACUGCUGGCAGCCGGAAACACCCAAAUGCUACGUGAAGUGAUGGAUACGAACGUGAUGGGACUGGUGCUGUGCAGUCGGGAGGCUUUUCAGUCAAUGAGGAAGCGAUCGGUUGAUGGUCACAUUGUUCAUAUAAACAGCGUUGCUGGUCAUAGGGCGAUCAAUCACCCGACCAUCAACAUUUAUUCUGCAUCAAAACAUGCCGUAACGGCAAUUACGGAAACGAUGAGGAACGAAUUGUGGAAUGCGAACACGAAAAUUAAGGUGACGAGUAUCAGCCCUGGAAUGGUUCGUACAAAAAUGCUGCCAGAAGAAUUGCUCAGCAAAGGGUAUCCCAAGUUGGAAGCCGAGGACAUUUCCAACGCUGUAUUGUACGUACUGGGCACCCCACCACGAGUCCAAGUUCACGAGUUGAUGAUCAUGCCGGUUGGUCAGACCUUUUGAUGUGCGUUGAAUUUUCUGUGUUUCGUGCGUGCGAUCAUACAAAAUAAACUAUUUUGAGCUUGAACGUU